CACGACCUGGACACAGCGCCGGUCACUAGCUAACGAGUAGGUGGUUUCUUCUCCGUCGCCUACUAAGAAGUGCUGUAGUUUCAUUAAAGCUCAGUAAUUUGCUUUAUAUUCCGCCUUGUGAGGAUAAACGGUGAUGGGCGUACAAUCAAGAAAGAAUUCAUUAAAAUAAGACUUCGUGGUCGCGAUGGGCAUUUUAAGAGCCAAAGUCAUGUUGAGCCUCGGAGUUGCUGGAAUGCUCGUCAUGGCAGCAAUUGUUUGGACUCCAUAUGGACCUUACGCCUUCAUCCCGAAACCUAAACCAGCCAAGCUUUCCAUCAGCAACCUGCAUGAAGCAGAGACUGUCAUGCAUGAGCACGAAGCCGCUUCCAUGCCCAAGUCCGCGGCACAGCAGCAGCCCGGGACACCCUCAGCCUCAGGGCCGAAGCUGGUGCUGCUGCUGAGCUCUACGCCGAGGAGCGGCUCUUCCUUCAUCGGAGAACUGCUUGCUACGUACAAACCGACUGCCGUGUAUUUCUUUGAGCCCCUACACAAAAUUCAGGAAUUACCUUGUAUGCUGGACAAUUCUUGCGUCUCAAAUUACUUGGGUAACAUAUUUUCUUGUGAUUUAGAUAACGCGUUCCAGCAAUGGUUGCGCUCCAAAUCUGUCUUUUUUCAAUUUUUCAGUCAGACAAGCAAAAGUUGCGGUGAUAAAAGUAGCAAUAGUGAGAUAAAGUCUUGCUUUUCUAAAAUUGAUAUGAUCAAUGAGUGUCUACAAGCUGAUGUAAGGCUGAUUAAGGUGAUCAGGUCUCGUAUUCAUCAUAUCGUUCCAUUACUUAAUUCAUUACCUCAUAUCAAAGUCGUUCAUCUGUACAGAGACCCGCGAGGAUUUAUGAAUUCUAUAAAUAAAUUUACCAACUGGAAUCAUAACAGUUCCAAAUACUGCGAAAAUUUGAACAAUGAUUUGCUAGACUUCAGAAUCCUAUCAGAAAAACAUCCGCAGCAAAUGAUUCAAAUAGCUUACGAAAAUUUUUCUAAUGAUCCGACUGAAGGCACUAAAAAAUUGUUCAAUUUUGUAUAUGGAAAUGCUACGUUAGAAGCUCCCACGCUGUCGUAUUUAGAAAGUCAUACAAAAUUUGACAGCAAUGGUCCGAUGACUACGUUAAAGAACUCAGGAGCUGCAGCCGAGGCUUGGAGAAAUACAAUUAGUAUUAAAACUUUGGGAGAUGUUGAACACGACUUGCAGUGCCGACAGGCCGUACGCCUCAUGAAUCACACAAUUUUUAACUCAAUCGAAAAUGCAAGGAAUAGAAACAUUCCUUUGGAACUACAUAAAGUCUAAACGUCGCAGUC